AUGGCCAACCCGGAGACGCAAACAAGUUCCAUAGCUUCCCUUGGAUAUGAACAAAGUUUGUCACGACUACCCGAUUCAAGUGCUAACACGAAGUCUCUUAAGCAGGAUUACGAAUCUUCGACGCCCACCAUGGGCUACAUGGAUAUGGCGACGCACACUGGAGAAAUGAGAUACCCACAAGAGGCCAGUACUUCUUUGACGAUAGAGCCCACCCAGCCUUCGUCACUCUUAAACUUGUUCCAUCCGCCGGUUCUCAGCUCCACUGCGCAGUACCCCCAGGACGGAGGUGCCUUUUUCCAGUCUCAACAGACUGGCCAUCAUCAUCUCUAUCCGGGUAUUGACAUCCGCUCUCGUCUGGGCUCCAACACCGCAUCAACAACGGGGAUGGCACAUCCCUUUCCCCCUUCACAUCGUACCCCAGGUCUCCCACAUCCUGGUCCUCAGCUCAGUACUCGAGAACAGUACACCUCCGCCACGCCGGGGUUUAGGAGGCCUUCCGAGCAUUCUGUACGAUCGCCUUCCUUUGCCGCACAGCCUAGAGGAAGGCAUCCAUUGUCGCCAACUACAAGCCCCAAUACAGUUUUCUCGGCCCCAAGCAUGGGUUCUAGCGGGUAUGGAAGCCGGCCGGCUGUAAACAAUAUUCCUCCCCUACAGCCAGUUCAAAUGUUGGGAAGUCUUCAGUACAACGACGGCGCAGGGACGCCUUGCAAGGUGGACAUACAGGGUGUCAUCGACAAAGGGUUUUUCUUGUCGGAGAACGAAUGGACAUGUUACCGCAGGAACUACUUUUCCUGCAUUUGCUCCUUUUCAUUGAGCCCUCAUAUCCCUAGCGUCUCCAUUCAGUUUACUGCGUCUGGCUCAACGCAACCUUCCCAAGUCUAUGGAUUUGCUAUGUCUAUCUCGGCAGUUGUCUCCGAUAACGAACAGCACAAUAUCGAGCUGGUACAGCACACACCAAAGAGAGACAAGGGUCCCAUUAUGAAGCCUGAAAGGGUUCGACUCAACAACAAGCCUCCCCAAUCAAGUCAUCACCACCACAUAGGCAUGUUCACAGACUCAGUCGUACCCAGUCGCCCUGUAUACCCCGAUAACUUUAACGGCCAGCCCGGUGGUCAGCAGCUGCCAACAGAGCACACGUUCGAGCGCAUCCAGUUCAAGCAAGCCACACAGAACAACGGAAAACGCAGAGCUGCUCAACAAUACUACCAGCUGGUUGUCGAGCUAUGGGCUGAUGUCGGUCCUCAGACUGGCGGUGAUCAGUUCGUUAGGAUAGCGACACGGAAGUCUGCAAAGAUGAUCGUCCGGGGACGCUCCCCAGGACACUAUCAGAACGACAGACGUGGAAGUCAAAGCAGUGGACCGGGAGGCUCUUCAGGUAAUGUCGGCGGUUACCCUGUCGGCGGCAUGGCCGAUUUCAAUACCUCGAUGAUGGGAGGGCCAGGCUAUGCCCCUGGCGGUUUCGAUGCUCGUGGAAGCCUCUACGGUGUACGCCAUCAUGACAUCCCACCCGAAUCGAUGAUCCCACAAGAAGACUCGAAGGCUAUUGGAACGACUCGGGAGUACCAAUACUACCCAGGACCUCUGUAUGAAAGCCAAAGCGACCGAAUUGACCUGUUCAACCCGCGUACGGACCGCGAUAACGUUGUGCCACACAUGGCCACAGGAAUGGACGUGAAUGGUAAGAUCAAGCCAGACUACGACGGCGCCGCUCUACCCAGCAUUUUCCAUCCCUCAGGCCAACUAAAUGACCGCCCACCAGGACCUUUCGAAGGCAAAUCGACAUCGAGCGGCUACUAUCCAAUCCCCUCAUCGGGAAUCAACAUGACCAUAACAUGA